CAAGCCUCAUGAGAAAAUUCAUGGCACCGAAAUUCUCAUCGUCAGGCUCAUUACAUGACCUCUCUAGCCUCUACCUAACCUAGUACUUCUAGCUCCUUGUUGGCCUCCUCCUUUCUAUCCUCCGGCUUAGACUUCACCCAAGUACCCAAAAUCAGAAACUCAGAAACCAAAAUCCAAACACACAUUAGUGCUCCAUUUGUACAAAACAGGAAUAUGGAACCUCUUCACCAUCACCAGAAACAUCACUACUCUUCUCUGGGAUCCAGUCUUGCAUUUCUCUCUUUACUUCUAGCUUGUGUUAUUUAUGUCUCCAUAUGGUCUUCCUCCUCCUCUAUCAACCCUGUCUUUGCCAUUCAGAAACACGAUGGGUGCGUAUCAGAAAACCAGACUUACACAUUUUUCGAGCCUCAAGACGAACUUGAGGCCACUUUAUCCAAGGCGUCAAUGGAGAACAAGACGGUGAUCAUUGCCGUGGUAAACAAGGCUUACGCAGUUCAAGAUGUGAAAGCAGACACAACCAUGCUUGACCUCUUUAUCGAGAGCUUUUGGCAAGGGGAGGGCACGAGGGAGCUGAUCGACCACCUGGUGGUGGUGGCGGUUGAUCAGACGGCCUACGACCGCUGCCGGUUUCUGAGGCUGAAUUGCUACAGACUGGAAACCGAUGGCGUAGAUUUUCGAGGAGAGAAGAUUUAUAUGUCCCAGGAUUUCAUUCGAAUGAUGUGGAAGAGAACUUGGUUCCUGUUAGAGGUUCUCAAACGUGGUUACAGCUUCGUAUUCACGGACACUGAUGUGGUUUGGUUAAGGAACCCAUUUACAAAGCUAAGCAACAACGAAACUGAGGAUUUACAAAUGAGCACCGACAUGUUCUUUGGAGAUCCAUGGAACACAAAACAGUUGAUCAAUACCGGGUUCUACUACGUCAAAUCCAACAACAAGACCAUCGCACUGUUUGAUAAAUGGUACACUUUGAAGGACAAUGCGACAGGACUGAAAGAACAAGAUGUAUUGCUAAACCUACUCCGAGGUGGUAUUGUUCCAGAGUUAGGGCUUAGAGUUAGGUUCUUGGAUACUGUAUAUUUCAGUGGUUUUUGCCAGAACAGUAGGGAUGUUAGGGAAGUUAGUACUGUCCAUGCCAAUUGUUGUCGAAGCAUUGUUGCGAAAGUGCAAGACUUGAAAGCUGUUCUCCGGGAUUGGAAGAAAUUAAAGAAAGUAGCGUCACAUAGACGGGUUGAUCUUAAUGCGACGGCUGAGGCUUUCCGGUGGGCCGGUCACUGGGGAUGUUGGAACUCAUGGAAGGUUCCGGCCAACAAAGAGAAACGAAAAGUACCCAAUAACACUGGCAAAGCUACCCAUAAGGCGUAGAUAUUUGGUAUGUAUUAAUGUAUAGAAGAUAAAAUAGAUGAAGUGUACGUUGUAUUAUUUUAUAUAGAAUAAAAGGUAAGAUGAAUUUAUCAA